UCAAAACGUUCAGCGUAAUAUCGUGGUUCAUUUCUUAGUCGUGUCCGUGCGUGCAAGUGGUUUGUAAAAAUAAAAAAGGUUUAGGAAACUACCGGAUUUAUAUGAGCCUGGCAACCGCGACGAUUGCUGUUGACUUCAGUUGCUCUUGUUCUCUGCUGUUGUUCUUGUUGCUGUUGGUAUCGCCGCUGCUACUGCUGCUUUCGUCGUCAUCCACUUCCCUGCCCGGUUGUUAUGUCGGACUACAGCGACUUAGAUCGCCAGAUCGAGCAGCUUAAACGCUGUGAGAUCAUUAAAGAGAACGAGGUGAAAGGAUUGUGCGCUAAGGCGCGCGAAAUCCUUGUCGAGGAGGGCAACGUACAACGCGUCGAUUCGCCGGUAACUGUGUGUGGUGACAUCCACGGGCAGUUCUACGACCUGAAGGAGCUCUUCAAAGUGGGGGGCGAUGUGCCCGAGAAGAACUAUCUGUUUAUGGGCGACUUUGUGGAUCGAGGUUAUUACAGUGUUGAGACAUUCCUGCUGCUGUUGGCAUUGAAGGUUCGGUAUCCGGAUCGAAUCACGCUAAUACGGGGCAAUCACGAAUCUCGACAGAUAACCCAGGUGUAUGGCUUCUACGAUGAGUGCCUGCGUAAAUAUGGAUCGACUGCUGUUUGGCGAUAUUGCACAGAGAUAUUUGACUACCUCAGCCUCUCCGCCAUCAUCGAUGGAAAAAUCUUUUGCGUACAUGGCGGCCUCUCACCCUCUAUUCAGUAUUUAGACCAGAUACGAAGCAUCGAUCGCAAGCAGGAGGUGCCGCACGAUGGUCCUAUGUGCGAUCUGCUGUGGAGCGAUCCCGAGGAUCAGACCGGAUGGGGUGUAUCGCCGCGCGGCGCCGGCUAUCUCUUUGGCUCUGAUGUCGUCUCACAAUUCAACCGCACCAAUGAAAUCGACAUGAUCUGUCGUGCACAUCAGCUGGUCAUGGAAGGCUUUAAAUGGCAUUUCAAUGAAACAGUACUCACGGUUUGGUCGGCACCCAACUAUUGCUAUCGCUGCGGGAAUGUGGCAGCCAUAUUGGAAUUAAACGAGUACCUGCAUCGCGACUUUGUCAUCUUUGAGGCGGCACCGCAGGAGAGCCGCGGCAUACCAUCCAAAAAACCUCAAGCGGACUACUUCCUUUAAACUAUUAAAUAUGGAAACUAAGGCAAGCUCACUCACUCAAACGAGUUGCAAACUGACAAAGCAUUAAAAACUGCCUAAUUCUAUGGAAAAACAAAACAAACCUGAGAAGGAAAAGUCAAAGGGAAAACAAAAAGAAAUUAAUCGAUUGUAGUAAAACAUUUUUGAAAUAGGAAAGUGAAACAUUUAACAUUAAAUUUUUAACAUUAAAAUUCCGAAUCCAUCUACUGGACUAUGAACAAACCCUUCCUAUGUCCAUAUAUAUUUAUAUAUAUAUAUAUAUGUAUAUGUAUAUCCAGGAUAUGAAAUUUUCUAAACAUAUAUAUAUAUAUACAUAUGUAUAUAUCUAUAUAUAUCUCACGUGCUUUGUACUAUCGUCUAUUUGUUGUCAUGAAUUAGCUCAUAUAUUAUUGGAAACUUGAGCACAGUCCCCGUAUGACACCCCCUACCUCACCCUUUCCCUUCCUAUCCCGAAUCCAACUAUCCUUACUAGCAUUUAGUUUAAUAAGCACAUAGACAUACAUAUACAUAUAUACAUAUAAACGAUGCAUUAGUGUGGCUCGUGAGUCAGGCAAGACAUCCAGGCAUCCAAUCGAAAUCGCAACAACAACAGCAAGAAAGUGCAUUGUAUUAAAAAUGAUUAGAAUGUAAGCUGGAAAUCCUAAAAGCGUGUAAACUAAUUUCUACGUUUACUCACGUUUUUUUCAUAACACAAUCGACAUAUAUAAAAUUAAGCAAAAUAUUAUAAUAAAUAGAAUAUGUAAGGUAGUUUGUAUUUAUAAACAAAUCAAA